AAAAAAAAAAAAAAAAGGAGAAAGAGAGAGAGAGAGAGAGAGAGAGAGAGAGAGAGACGGGGAGACGCAAGAAAUCUUUCUGAUCUGAAAAAGGCUCUCUGAGGAGCUGCAAGCAAACUCCUCGUCGCUGCGUAGCUGCACCACUGCUGUGUCAGAUCUUGGUUGCGUUUUAAAGAGAGAAUCAUUUACAAGCAACACUGUGCGCUGCAGUUCAUGCAUGGUACGGAUACAACUUCCCCCGAUUUUUUUUUUUUUUUUUACGCCCAUCGCCGACUCUUAUACUGAUUCCAGGCACCGAGUUUGGAAACACUGUACGCUGUGAGACUCCAGGGGUUCAUGUACUGGAAAAAUGAAGUUCUGUCCCCUCUUUCAGAGGGAAAUAAAAUUCUGUCCGAAGGAAUUCCAACAAAGCAGGUGAUCUCUACCGAGCAUCAGAGCACGCCGGGAGCCUCGCGCUGCAGUGUGGACUCAAAACACACACCAAUGUCUCACUCGGACGGAGAAUCCCAGCGGUCCAACAUGGAGCGGGAGGACACCCGCUCUUCUCCCAGCACUCCGUCUACCCCCUCCGUGUGCUCGCCGACCUCCACGACCAGCUCGGUGCCGUCCACUGGGAAGAACCUGUGCGCCAGCUGCGGUCUGGAGAUCCUGGAUAGAUACUUGCUGAAGGUGAACAACUUGAUUUGGCACGUGCGCUGUCUGGAGUGCUCGGUGUGCAGGACGUCACUACGUCAGCACAGCAGCUGCUACAUCAAAAACAAAGAGAUCUUCUGUAAAAUGGAUUAUUUCAGUAGGUUUGGUACUAAGUGUGCCCGCUGUGGGCGGCAGAUAUACGCCAGUGACUGGGUGCGGCGUGCAAGGGGAAACGCAUACCACUUGGCAUGUUUUGCCUGCUACUCGUGUAAGAGGCAGCUCUCCACAGGGGAGGAGUUUGGUUUGGUGGAGGAGAAGGUCUUGUGUAGAAUCCACUACGACACCAUGGUGGAGAACCUCAAACGAGCAGCCGAGAGUGGCAAUGGCAUUACAUUAGAGGGAGCAGUUCCAACAGAACAAGACAGUCAACCCAAACCAGCCAAAAGAGCACGGACAUCUUUCACUGCAGAACAGCUACAGAUCAUGCAGGCACAGUUUGCUCAGGACAACAAUCCAGAUGCCCAGACGCUACAGAAACUAGCUGAUAUGACAGGCCUAAGCAGAAGAGUUAUACAGGUGUGGUUUCAAAACUGCAGAGCAAGACAUAAAAAGCACACGCCCCAGCACAGCGGGGCUCCUCAAGGUCAUCCUCAGUCCAGGAUACCCUCAUCUCUGCCCGAUGAGCUGCAUUACUCUCCGUUUGGCAGUCCCGAGCGAGCGCGCAUGGUGGCCCUUCAUGGGUACAUUGACAGUCAUCCCUUCUCUGUCCUGACCUCUCAGAGUCUCCCUCAUCAGGCCAUGUCGCUGCCCCAGCUCCCCCUCAGUCGCUAGUUCUCCACCAUGACCCUUAUCACCCCUGACCUCAUGAUCUCAACCCCCAGUCUCAUAUCAGUGAUGUCUCCUGACCCAACUCGAAGGUCAUCCAUGAGUCAGCUUGGAGAACAGACAAAUAUUACAGGAGCACGGUCCACUGAAACCAGAAAAAAGAAACGGAUUAAAGAGAUAAAGCUAAAAUUCAUCUGUCAUUAAGUUCAUUUCUGGGGAUAGGCCUGCCAAAAAUGACUUUGAUGAGUUUAUCAUUAAACUCACAGACUAUAUUUCACACCGCCUAACGGACCCUUUUGCUUCACGUGUACAGCAUCCUCCGCUCUACUCGGCCACCUUCUAACAUGGAGGUGAAGGGAGCUUUAAAGGGAUGAAACUGAGCAAGGAAGCUUCUGGAAGUGCUGUCAAAACAUGAAGAUAAAUUUAAAGGGGAACUAUCUUUGUGGUCCAAAGGCCACAGUAGACCACAUUAGAGGUAAGGCUCCUGCCUCUUUUUUCUAUAAGCAACCAUGAAGGAAUCUAAACAUAACUGAAUUCUUUGAUUGAUUAAAUAUUUUUUAUUUUGGAAUGACAUAUUGACUUUAUGACGUCUCAAAAAAACCAGAAACUUCCCACUUCCCUUUCCACCAAACUAAGUUGUAGAAUUAGAGACAGAAAAUAUUACGUGCCUUAUCUUUUCCAAAGUGAUAUUUCUCAGUAAACAUUUAAUUGUUAUCACGUAGGACAAAUUAUGAGGCUAUUAAACCGUCAAUUGGCAGAAAAUCACAAACUAUUUAACAGACUCUGUUAUAGCAUUUUGUCUGUUUAUGAUUAAACAAAGGACAACACUGGAGCUUUUACAUCAAUAAAAGGACGGCUUUAACACCAAGAGCAGGAGUUCAAAGAUUUUAAACUGCCACAAUCUUGUUUAAAGAGGGAAGUCUGAGAUGACCAUACAAGUCAAACUUCAUAUUCAUACAAAAUCCGACCACAUUUUCAGAUUUUCAAACAGGUGUAUUGUUACUAAUUUAUAAUUUAUAAGGUUGCUUGUUCAGCCUCUGUGUGUGCUUUCUACACGAGGAGGCUAUAUUGUAUUGGUACAAUAUGGACAGUAUAAAAACAACUGGGUUUGUACAUAGUCAGAUGUUUGUGAGUGUGUGCUCCUGUGUGUGUGUGCGUGUGUGUGAGUAUUGGCAGGGGUAGAGAGUGUGCAUUUGUAUUUUAGUGCCAUGGCCAUAGUGUGAAGAACAGGAUCCGACAAGACCUCAAUGUCCUUGUAUUUAUUGAGAUGGUAAAUCCCUGUAAAGCACUUUCCCCCCCUCUGAAAUGUUCUUUUUUUUUUGGUUUUGUUUUGUUUAAAAAAAAAAAAAAAACAUGAAACAAAAAGUUUAUCUGAUAGACUGUGCAUCAUAAAUGUUUUGUGUAAUAAAAUGCAAUAAAAUAGAAUGUGAUAUUUUUUGUGGUUUUGGAUCAAUUCUGAGGAUAAAUUAGUGGAGCAAUUAUUCACGUUUAGUUUUCCAAAACAUGUCAGAUGCAAAGCACAGAAAAGAGUGUAAGACGAUUAAAUCGGGCUCAAAUGGGAUGAAGUUUCAAAUGG